AUGACGAUCUCAAGAUUGCAGCUCGCUGCAGCGUUGAUGGAGUAUGACAACGACGUCGAUCUCGCUUCACCUGAUUCCGAGACUGAAUUUCGAGAUCAUCGAUCUUCAGCGAUAUUUCAACCGUUUCAAGCUGCCCAAGCGGCCGCAAGAAGACAUAAGAUCUUAUCACAACCACCUCCUUCGUUACCCUCACCGCUUGAAUCACACUUUCCAGCUGAGACAAAAGGUGGACCGAGCAGUCAUAGUACUGCCCGUGAAUUGGAUGGACCGGAAAGUCAAACUCAAUCUUUUAGAAAAAGUACGUUUGAAUUAGAUAACUUCACUUUGACUCCUGGUGGAUCAAGAAAUCUAGAUCUUCCUCCUGAGGAAGAACAUAUAAAUCAACAAGAAGAGGAAGACCUAGGUGAUGUAGAUGUGAAAAGAUGGGGAUUACCAUCACAUCUUAUUGCCGACGAAGCAUUUUCCUCUACAUCAGCUUCUCGCAGUAGAAAUGAACCAGAGUUGACAACACGAAGAUCAACUGUAUUUUCUUCUCUCCCUCAACCUUUAUCAUCCCCAAUAGGUGUAAGAGCAAGAUCAAUUCACGUGCAGGAUGUUCUUGAUGAUACAGCUCUACAUAGUGAGAUAUCAGAGCAAUCUUAUCCACCUGAGUUAGGAGAUAGAAGGAGGACGUUGUCAUACGAUCUCACUUCAAAAGCUUUAGCUUCAGCGGCUAGGGUGAGAGAACUAGCUGAAAGACCGCAUACCGUCCUUGGAAUGCAAAACAAUCAGAUAUCUCCCGAAGAAAGACGAAGAAGUAAAUUCAGUAUCAGUGACGAUCCAAGAUUAAUCCCUUUGCCUCAAACACCAGGUUCGAAUUCAUUAUUCAAUAACAGACCUUUAUCCAGUUUGAAUGACUACGAUAACGUUAACAGAGGUUGGAUAUCACCUCCACCAGGGAAGAUGGAUGAAGAGUUGAUGAUCAAUGAAGAAAUAUCACUUCAGAACGAAGAGAGAAAUCCAUUCGCAUUGCCUGCUCCUCCACCUGAACUAGGAUCAAGAUUUGAUCCUAAAGUACUACAAAAUCAACGCGGAUCAACUACUGCGAGAACACCUAGAGAAGAUGAACGCAGAUUCUCAGAAGUCGCACGAGAUGAACCACCUCAAUCCGCAAGAUCAAGAUCAACUUUUCAUGGUUCAGGAUCUGUAGGCGUAGGCGAGCCAUUGUCCAAUCUUAGUCCAGGAUUGUUUCCACAAAGUAAAGUCUGGGAAGAUAUACCUACACCCGAACAAUUUGGUAGACCAUUAAUGCCUAAGCGUUAUUCGACUUCUGCGAGGGUGUUUACGAAACAAAUGAUAAGACCUAAAACGUUGAUAAUGCCAACACCUUUAUCAGGUAGAUAUUCACCUGAACCUAGACAGCCUAAAUUACCUGAAGGAUACACGCUAGGUGAAAAACCAUUACCAUACGGUGCAAAAACCGAAGGUCAGAGACCAGGUAUAUCAAUGUCUGUAUCCCAAAGAACGUUUAGAAGUAGUUUGAUGGUUAAUGGUGUUAGAGACCUGGAAUUCGUAGGUGGAGCAGAAGAAGAUGGGGAGAUAGGUCUAGCGAGAAGGGAAUUAGAUGAUGGUGCGAUUGAAAGAAGGCCCGGCAAAUUGUUCGGAAGAAGUUUGAUGGAUGAAUUAGAAGCUAGAAAAGCAGCUCAAAAGGGGAAGAAGAGAGUAUUCACGGGUGAUGCGCGACCUGCUAUGAUGGCUCGGUCGACAAUGUAUGAUCCACCUACUAUCUCACUCUCCCCUACUUCUCCUCCACUCUCAGGUUCCGUAAAUCGUCCGACUUCACUACAACCUGGUCGAGCACCACUAUUAUCUUUCGACUCCAAUGGCGAUAUACACCCCACAUCACCCACGAACCUCGGUAUACCUGAUCCUCAAGGUAGACUAGCCAAAUCGAAGUCGGUAUUUGGAGUAGAUCAAUUAUGGGAAAAGGAGAUGAUGAAAUUGAAAGCGAUUCAAGAGGAAGAGAAAAAGGCGGCUGAGCUUGUAGAAAGAAUAGAACAUCAGAAGGAAUUGAAAAAGAUGAAGAAAGGAAAGGGUAGAGGAAAAGGGAACUCCAGGGAAAGUGCUGGCCGACCUCUUGAGUUGCGAAAUGAUGUUUCGACAGAGGAUGUUUUGGGUAUAUCACCUAUCAAACGAGCAUCCAACCUGCCUCCUGCUUUAGAAUACACUCCAGAACAAGUGCCCAAUCCAAAUAAGACCAAGGACACUCAUGAAGAAGAAGAAGAGGAGCAAGAGGGAGGUGAAAGCGGAACAUUGAAACUGUCGAACUUAUUUGCUGGCUCAGAGGAAGAUGAUCAACCUGCACCUGCACCACAUGAUUUCGCUGAAACACUUGGACUCACAUCCCAAGCUGUUGCACAGUCAGAGUCGGAUUCAGAAGAAAACGUGCCAUUGUCUAGACUUGCACCACCACGGACCGCUGCAGGACCGCUGACAGCUAGACGAUCUAUCCUGUCAAAUAACGAAGUAGAAACUGAUUCAGAUCCAGAUGAAGAUGUGCCUUUAUCUCGACUCACGGUCAAAUCUCCAGUGAAGCCAAUUUAUUCAGCUGGAUUAUCACUUCCGACAGCUUCCAUCAACUCGUCUUCGAAGUCACCUAUAUCGGCUGAAGUGGAUGACGCAAAUGAAGAAGAUGAUCUACCAUUGGCAGUGAGACAAGCCAAAUCAAAAGGGUUAAAACCAAUCACGAAAGCUGAAAUCAUAGAAGAUGAUUUGCCAUUAGGAUAUAAACAUGCUGAAAAGGCUCAAAAACAAAUGGAGGAAAGACAGUGGGAAAAUAGAUAUUCAAGUGCAAGUUAUACUCCUGAGGAUAUGCCAAUGCCAAUUGGAAUGGGAAAUUGGCAAACGCCCACACAAUCUUGGAUGAUCUCUCAGCAUCCGGCGAACAUGAACAUGAAUAUGAACUUGAGUCCUUAUACUGGAGUGAUGGGUUAUCCUUCCAUGCCAAAUUUGGCGAAUCCUCAGAUGAACAUGAAUAUGCCAAUCAUGGGUAUGGGUAUGGGUAUGUCACCUCAAAUCAAUAUGAGUAUGGGAACGGGAGUAGCUCCAGAGUAUUUCCAACCUGUAUCUAAUCCGUAUCCCGGCAAAGCUAUAGAUUCUUGGAGAAUGGAUGUUGCUUUGGCACCUGUGCCUACUGGAAGUACGAGGGUCAGUACGCCUAGCGGAAUUGGUGGUGGUAGUGCUGGAAGAUAG